GGUGUGUUUACUUUAGGUGUCGCAGUAAAGAGGCCAUGUUGUAAUAUUGGCCGGGGUCCUACAAGGCUCCUGAGGACGCUGCAAAGACCAAAGGGUUCCCCACCGAGUGUUGUAGUAGCAAUAUUACGCCUUCGUCCGCUUGAACAAAAUGAACACAGCCAGCUUUAUAUCCGCAGUGCGGAGAGGAUGCGCGCAGACCAGACGUCCUCAAAUACCUUUUUCCUCUUCGAUGGUUCAGUGCUGCCUGCAGUCCACGCAGCCUGUCCCUGCAGCCCGGCUGCCCUACAGAGUGAAGGUGUCUGCUGGGAAACGCUACGCAUGGUGUGCUUGUGGACACAGUAAAAAACAGGUGUGCACGGCAUGCGAUCAACUUUCAGAGCCUUUCUGUGAUGGGGCUCACAGGACAAAAGCUCCGGGCAUCUCUCCUCUACACUUCACCCCUGACAAAGACAGGAAGUUCAUGCUGUGUGCCUGUAAGCAAACCAGAAACGCACCGUACUGUGACGGCUCACACUUCCGGGUCAUCUUCCGGGAUUUGGUGAAGUCGGUGAAAGGCAUCUUUAAAUGAAUAGUUCAUCUCAACCAAAGUACGCCUGCUGUGGAGAUCAUCAGUAACAGUAUUCAUUUGAUAAUGCAUCUGGGUUGAACUCAUUACAUUUUGACAUUUAUGGCGGUUUGCCUUUUGUUGGGAAAAUGUGAUGCCCUGCAUCGUGUUAUCCUCUUCAUACUUGUCAGACUGACAUUUUGGCUGUAUAAAUGAAGUGAUUCAUGAUGAAGUAUAUAUGUUUUGUAGCCUAUGUUGCAUAUAUAUGCAUAUAAAAAUGCGUAAUCCAAUAAAAAUACUUAACAAAACAAAUAUGUUGCAUUGGAAAUGUGAAUUUCAACUAGAGCAAGCGAUUGUUAACAAUGUGGCUUGUGCCAAAGCAGAGCAGCAACAGUUGCUAUUAAAUAUAGAUUUUUAUUUAUUGAUUUAAAAAUAUGUCCCAGAGUUUCUCUCCAUGAUGAUCAAAGGACUGCGGUCUCUCUAAAAUGUGUAUAAUUGUUGCAUUUAUUCAUGUGUUUGUGCAUGUGUGUGUAAUACUAAACAUUAACAACAGAGUGAAAAAAAACAUUGAAUCCCCCCUUGCAGGAUUAAUAAAGCAUGUCUUCUUCUUCUGUA